AUGAUGGCUACGCUGCAGUCUGCGUUUCUCGUCAGCUUACUGAUGAUUGCGGUCUUCGUCCAGAGAGGUGACGCCAUCCGUUGUUAUGAGUGCAAUAGUGCUCUUGCUGCCAACUGUUCGAACGAUGUCCCACCGGAAACGAUGUCCGUUGACUGUACCGAACACAAGGGAGGCCUCGCCUACAAAUAUUGCCGCAAGAUUGUUCAGAUCAUCGAGUUCCCGGUGAACAAUCUUCCUCCAGAGACUCGAAUUAUUCGAGAAUGCGGCUACGAUGAGAGCGCCUACAAGGGCAAAUGUUACGAACGUUCCGGAUACGGUGGCCGCCAGGUGGUGUGCGCUUGCUACGAAGAUAACUGCAACGGUGCAUCCUCGCUGUCCGUCACGUUCGGCGUGCUGUUGUUCGGUGCGAUCGCCUUCCUGAACCAUGCCUAA